GACUCUCUGUCAGAGAAGAGAUCGCUCCGCCCAGAGGCGACGAUACGGCGCGGGUUACGUAGCUGGGCGGCCCGGGGUGUGGAUAGAGGCAGAAGGAAGGGGGGAAAUAACAAGAGCAAGAGAGAAGGGAAGUGGAAAAUGGACGAACCUGGGUUUGUCAUCUCGUACUGCCGGGCCCAGUGACACAGACGCGCUCCCGGGCAACGAGUGUAGGUGGAGUCGUCAGAGUUAGGCCCCGAAAUCAUGGAGAUGAACGAGCAGAAUGGGAAAUUAUCUGCUGAAGUAGAGCCCUUUGUCCCUCAAAAGAAGGGGGCAGAAGCAAUACCCAUGGCCCUUCCUAGUGACGGUGGGAGUGUAGGUGGACUGGAAGCCACGCCCAUCCCGAGUUACCUUAUAACUUGCUAUCCAUUUGUUCAAGAAAACCAGUCCAAUAGACAAUUUCCUCCAUAUAAUAAUGAUAUUCGGUGGCAGCAGUCCAACUCAAGCCCAGCUGGGCCCUACCUUGCUUAUCCCAUUAUAUCUACUCAACCUCCUGUGUCUCAAGAAUACAUGUACUAUCAGUUGAUGCCAGCACCAUGUGCUCAAGUCAUGGGAUUCUAUCACCCGUUUCCAACUCCCUACACCACUCCUCUGCAAGGAACUAAUGCACUAAAUGCAGUUUCUGUAGACUGUAGUGAACGGGCAAACCAGCAGAGCCAGAUAAAUGUCCUGACUAGUCAAAGAAACAGGAAUAUCAGAGCACCACUUAUUCACAAACCACAGCAGGUAUUACCACAACCCAAGUGCAAGAGACCUCCCAUGAAGAGCGUGGCCAUUCAGAAAGAAACCUGUGCGUCAGGCCCCGAUGCAAGAUCCAAAAUAAUUCUCUUAAUGGAUGCCUGUCAACAAACAGGUAAAGAAUGCCAAGAUUUCCCACAUGAAAUAGCUAACAAGACUCUCUGUGAAAGUGUCGGAGCAACACCCUGGAAGUCAAAGGGCAGACGCAGAAGGUUGUCCCACCCUGCUGCAGAGUCAUCAAGUGAACAGGGAGCCAGUGAAGCAGAUAUCGACAGUGACAGCGGCUAUUGUAGUCCUAAGCAUUGCCAAGCUGCAGCAAUGUGUACAAGACAUGCAGAUUGUGGUGCAGUCAGUAUUUCAGAUCCAGCAGUAUCUGCAGCUGGUGGUAGCUGGGCCAGUGUAGCUUCUCAGGCAACUCAGAAAAGACCUUGGAAUGAAAAAGUACAGACAUUUUCUAGAGGAGGAAGACAGACUGAAAUACGAAACAAUGCACAGCUUGAAUAUCGCUUAAGGGGGCAGAGUACUUCUUCAGAGAGAAGGCAUAAUUUGCAAAGGAAACAGGAAAACAAGACAGGAACUACAACUCCACUUAACAAAUCUGGACAAAGUCCAGAUCAUCUUUAUUUUGAGGACGAGGAUGAAUUUCCAGAGCUUAACAGCAGUAAUGGUGCUAGAAAUGACAAUGCACAGACAAAGAUACCAACUAAAGGGUUGAAGGGGUUGCCUGAAAAUUCCCCAAUUAAUAUUGUUCAGACACCAAUCCCAAUCACCACUUCUGUACCAAAGAGAGCCAAAAGUCAGAAGAAAAAGGCUCUUGCAGCUGCACUGGCCACUGCACAGGAAUACUCCGAAAUUAGUAUGGAACAGAAAAAGCUCCAGGAAGCCUUGUCCAAGGCAUCAGGAAAGAAGAGCAAGACUCCUGUGCAGCUGGACCUGGGAGAUAUGCUAGCAGAACUGGAGAGACAGCAACAAGCAAUGAAAGCUCGUCAGAUCACCAAUACCAGGCCUUUAUCUUAUACGGUUGGUAGCGCUGUCCCAUUUCACAUCAAAGAGCAUACAAACAGAAAUGUGUUCACAAAUGCCCAGUCAGUGAUGAGUUCACCUAACCCUUUGGAUUCCACUGCUCCUCGAGUCAAAAGGGGAAAAGAAAAGGAAAUCCCAAAGUUGAAACGCCCCACUGCACUUAAAAAGAUCAUACUUAAAGAAAGAGAAGAAAAGAAAGGCCGUGUGCCUGUAGAUCCGAGUGUCUUGGGGUCAGAGGAGCAAAAAGAUGCUUUAAGUUUUGCUGAUGAGCAGUCAGAGGAACUAGCCUCACAAGAAGAAGCAGGUCUGAGUGCUCAAAGUGAUACCUCCCUAUCUCCAGCAAGUCAAAACUCCCCCUACUGUAUGACUCCGGUAUCUCAAGGCUCACCAGCCAGUUCAGGCAUAGGCAGCCCCAUGGCAACUUCAACCUUAACCAAAAUUCACAGCAAGAGAUUCAGAGAGUAUUGCAACCAAGUUUUGAGUAAAGAAAUAGACGAAUGCGUAACGGUGUUAUUGCAAGAACUUGUCAGCUUUCAAGAGCGUGUUUACCAAAAUGAUCCAGUGAAAGCAAAAUCAAAGAGGCGACUUGUUAUGGGAUUACGAGAAGUUACUAAACACAUGAAAUUGAAUAAAAUAAAAUGUGUGAUCAUUUCACCAAACUGUGAGAAAAUUCAGUCAAAAGGUGGACUGGAUGAAGCACUGUAUAAUGUUAUUGCUAUGGCCAGGGAACAAGAAAUUCCUUUUGUUUUUGCUCUUGGUAGAAAAGCAUUAGGGCGAUGUGUAAACAAAUUGGUUCCUGUUAGUGUUGUUGGAAUCUUCAGUUAUUCUGGUGCCGAGAACUUUUUCCAUAAUCUGGUGUCGCUGACUGAGGAAGCCAGGAAAGCAUACAAGGAUAUGGUUGCUUCAAUGGAGCAAGAACAAGCUGAAGAAGCUUUGAAGAACAUUAAAAAGGUUCCUCACAUGGGCCACUCUCGCAAUCCAUCUGCAGCAAGUGCAAUUUCCUUCUGCAGUGUUAUCUCUGAGCCUAUUUCAGAGGUGAAUGAGAAGGAUUACGAAACUAACUGGCGAAGAAUGAUGGAAACAUCUGAUGGCCUUGAGACUUCAGAAAAUGAAGAAUGCUCAAUCAGAACUACAGGGUCAGAGCAAGCAGCCAGCGCACCAUCGGAGCAAAAUGACUUACAAAAGCAACAACCGAAAACUACAAGUAGUACUACCUCAUCAGCUACCCUUGAGAAGCCUGCUCCUGUCGACAAGGAAGAGGUAAAACAAGAUGACAAUCUUGAAUGGGCCUCACAGCAGAGCACUGAAACGGGAUCAUGGGAUGGGAGUGGCAGAGAUGUUCUCAAUUCAUCUAUGACUAGCACAGCAAGCACAUUGGUACCAGAGAUGCUUGAGGAAGAUGAUGACGAUGAAGAAGAGGAUGAUGACGAGUAUCCCCAAGAACCUAAUUCAGUGAGCAGAAUAGAAUCUUGGGUCUCUGAAACUCAGCGAACGAUGGAAUCCCUCCAGCUUGUAAACUCUAACAGCCCUGAGGAGGAUAAUAUUGAACCUAGUGAAGAGAAUGAUGUAGGGCAAUGUAAACAGUCAGAACUCGCUGACUGCAAAGAAAGGACAGCGGAAAUACAUGCCAGAAAUGGAUCACACACUCAGAGUGGUCAAAAGUCUUCACUAAAAGAAAGAGCUAACUCCGGUUUUAUGUAGAGCAAAAAAAAAAAAAAAACUCAGGAACUAUUCCACUGGCAAAAAAGAAGCAAGCUGUUCUAGUGAGAAAGUUGCAGCCAUUCCCAUACAAGUUUCAUCUCAAUGUUUUGCACAGUUUAUAUGUUUAAUAUAUAUAUGUAAUUCCAAGCAAAUCUACAGCCGUUUUUUAAAUGAAAUACUUGUUCACCGAUUUCCAAUAACAACUGCUAUUCAGCAAAACUAAGAGAACCUUUCUUUCACCUUCCGUUGAGCCUUCAAAAACUAUAGGUAAUUGGUUUAUUACGAUUCCAUUUCUCUCCUAUUAUAUCAUUUCCAUUUGACAAAUGGACUUUUUCUGAUUCCUAGUCUUAAAACAGACAAAAUGUUUACAUUGAAACUUGAUUCUGCAUUCUGUUUUUUUUUUUUUUUUUUUGCUAAAGUGUGAUUUCUAGUAGAUUUUACAUAUUUCUAAGUAUUUAUUUAAGAAAAAAUCAUAAGCAUAGGCAAUAAUGUGAUUUAUUGUCCAUUUGUAUAUACUUUAUGAUGCAGAGUAUGUGUGCUUGCUCAAAUAGAGUAGUAAAAACCUCUGUUUCUGUGUUUGAGCGCAGUGCUAUCCACUUGGGGUCGGAUCAAUUUUUAUGGACCUCGCAUAUGGCGUCAUCAUUUUUAUAGAAUUCAGUCUGGGAACAUGUAGUUAUAAUAAUGGUUCCAAUGCCUCAACUCUGGCUUAGAAUAUAGAUUAGGCUUUGCUGGAGCUGAGCGUAUGACUUCCAAGUAUUAAUUCUAGUAGAGAGACUAUAUUAUGGAUGCUAACAUUUCAGAAUUUCAUUUCUUGUUAAGUAAAUAUUAGAGACAGAUGUAUAAAAAGUGUUAAGAACAUUGGGCACUUUUUAGAUAUUCUUUGUAAACAACUCAUUUUAAGAGAAUAUCCUACAGUCGUUAAUUAAACUAUAAAUAAUUCAGGAGGAUCAACCAAACUCAGCAUUAAUAUUGAUGUUUAUGUUUGACUAUUUCCUGGCCACAUGAUAAAUUUGUCUUUGUUCUCCACAGCAGACAUCCUAAGGUUUGGGGAGAAUCCAUUUCAUUGGUGUGUAUAUAUUAUAUAGCCCAACAUGGCUUUUGCAUACUGUGUGACUAGACAGAAAUAUGGCAGACAGAAGCCUUUUAAGUAAAACAUCUCAAAGGUAGGACAGUAUUACAAAAUGAAAAACAUAAUUUUCGAGCUUCUUCUAGGUAUACAUUCACUUGCAUUCUGGUGCAUGGGUGUCUAUUAACACACACAGCUCUGAAUGCUACUGGUCCAAGUGUAUAAACCUACCAUUGUUUUCAUCAAAGAGAAGCACAUAAAGUAAUGCAUUAUGAAGGCUGGCUUUGUGCUACAUUUUGUGUGUUGUAACUAUUGUAAUUAGUAAGAUGUGUUGCCUCACACAGUAUAUAUUAAACACAGUGCAUACAUAUAUUACUAUCCUUGUUUAUAUGCAAUGAUUUGCAUUUUGUAUUUGAAAAAAACCCAUCAUCUACUGAUCUAUCGAGAUCAGGAAUGUAACAGAGAUAUGUAUAUAAUAGCUUUGGCAUUGAUUCUGUAUUAACUUGUAAAUAUUGUGUGAAAUUGUAGCAGCAUGUAAUGAAAAAGGAAUAUUAAAGGUACAUAUCCAUGGCAGUUGUGUUGCCAUUUGCACACUAUUGCUUCUAUAAGGGUUGAGAAUCUAGCUCACUCAUCAUUAUGGCUAGGUACACGUAGGGAAACACCCAACAAUUCUUGUGUUUUUGAUGUAGAACCUUCAUCUGCAUCCCAGAGAAUACACAGACAUAGAAAAAGUUCUUCUCUGUUUCCCUUUGUACUGCCAUCCAUUGGGGUUAACAUGUCUCACUGCAGCUUUAGGAACACAGAUGUCUAACUAACGCAACUCGGGAUGUGCCCAGAGAAUUGUAAUCUUAAAUUAUAGAUUAACAUGCUAAAAAAGAGCAGUAAAGGGAGAGCUGUAAAGCAAUAUUGGCAUAUGAUUAGCUCUCAAAUUAGCCUUUAGAUUUUUUUGUUUGUUGUUCUGCUAAGCCCCACACAGUACCCUUUCCACAUAUUAGAAUAGACAUAGCGGCAGGCUGAAACAUGAGGACGGCACAACCAAGCUGUAUUUCUGUCCCCUGAAUUUAGUCCUCCAAUUAUUAAACCUGCUUCAUUAUCACUUUGUCUUUCUCCCUUGUUCUGUAUAUUUAUAUAUGUGGCAUCACUUGUACAAAUGAAUGCAUAUAGGAUCACAAGUGGUUGUAAUUUCAAGUACACUUCUCUGACAAAGGGUUUACUAAAGUACAGUGUUACUUUUGAAGGCCUAAUAGUCUUUGAGUCAGGUCUUAAAGGUAAAAAUAUAGCUACUCCUUCGGGACAUCUCUCGUAUAGUAUCUGUUAGACAGCAGCCGCCUCCCUUCUUGUAUUGAAACGUAAGUAGAAGUAGUUUGCAACCUCUGUGAUUGCCCCAAUAUUCUUAAAGGAGAACUAAACCCUAAAAUGAAUGGC